GUAGGGCCCUCUGUAUGUGUGUGUGCGUGCGUGUGUCAAGAAGUUUUCAGACUCUUCCUCGGUCGCGUCUGCACCGUCUGUUAUCUUCAACGAAACCCAAUUUACAGUUCACAUUUAAACGGGGACCGUAGAGGAAGGAGACGUGUGCGAGUGACUCGGACGCAGCCAUGGCGGGCGUGUAUGGAUGGGGCAUGACCCAGCUCAAUCCAGUCCAAACAACCCCUUUCAUAGAGAUCAUUGAGCAGCCAAAGCAGAGGGGCAUGAGGUUUAGGUACAAGUGUGAGGGACGUUCAGCCGGCAGCAUCCCCGGAGAGAAGAGCAACGACACCACUAAGACUCACCCAGCCAUCAAGGUGCACAACUACAGCGGCCCACUGCGUGUUCGCAUCUCGCUGGUCACGAAGAACCCGCCGCACAAGCCACACCCCCAUGAACUGGUUGGGAAGGACUGCAAACACGGCUACUAUGAGGCUGACCUGCAGGAGAGACGGAUACAUAGUUUUCAGAACCUGGGAAUACAGUGUGUGAAGAAGAAGGAUGUGAACGAGGCCAUCACGUGCCGACUGCAGACUAACAAUAACCCCUACAACAUUCCCGAGGCGAAGGUGUGGGAGGAGGAGUUUGACCUGAACUCUGUUCGGCUCUGCUUCCAAGCCUCCAUCACUCUGCCCACAGGAGAGCUGUUUCCUCUGGAGCCUGUCGUAUCACAGCCCAUUUAUGACAACAGAGCCCCAAACACAGCUGAGCUGAAGAUCUGCCGAGUCAACCGCAACUCCGGGAGCUGCAAAGGAGGGGACGAAAUCUUUCUGCUGUGUGACAAAGUGCAAAAAGAAGACAUCGAGGUGCGUUUCUUCCAGGACUCCUGGGAGGGAAAAGGCACCUUCUCGCAGGCUGAUGUCCACAGGCAGGUGGCCAUUGUUUUCCGCACCCCGCCGUACCGCGACACUAACCUCUCCGAGCCCAUUAGAGUCAAGAUGCAGCUCCGCCGGCCCUCCGACCGCGAGGUCAGCGAGCCGAUGGACUUCCAGUAUCUGCCCAGUGACCCAGAUGAAUACAAACUGAGUGAGAAGAGAAAGCGCACAGGUGAUAUGUUCCAGAGCCUGAAGCUGGGGCCCAUGCUGUCCAGUGUGAACUUGCCACAAGAUAGACGACACAUAAGCUCAGCAAGGAGAACAGUCACACUCAAGCCUCCAGCAAUGAACGCACAAGCUGCAGCGGUGGUGCCCCCUUGUGCCAGUGCAGUGAAACCCCAGCCUUCCUACUCUUUUGUUCAGCCCGGCCAGCUCUUCUCAGUCCAGCCUAAGGUCGAGGCCUCCCCCUCCAUCUCAACUGUGACAAUAAACCAAACGUGGAAAAACAUGGAGAGCCUGAAGCUGGGCCCACAGCCCAAAGCCACUCCCGUGGCCAACUUCAUAAUGAGCCAGGCACCAUCGUCCUCCUCUUCCUCCUCUACCACCACCUCCACCGCCAACCAGGACUACUCCACUGUCAACCUGUCAGAACUUCAUGAAUUCUUCCCCGGAAUUUCCUCUGCUAUGGCCCAGGAGCCCUCGGCUUCUCAGGGAAGCACAGCCUCCUCACAUGCCGCCUUCAACCUCCACGGCUCUCAGUUCAGGGUGGACGCACCACUGGUGGAGGAUGAUAUCCCAGAGUUCCCCAGCUUUUCUGAAGCACAGGCACAAGGAACCCUGGACAGCUUAAACAUGGAUGACUUUGAGGACCUCCUGAACCCACCGCUCAUGAGCGUGAGUGGAAAUGGCGCCUUGGUGAUGGCCCAGGCUUCUUGCCAACAAGCUGCGCCUCCCAGCUCCUCGAUUCUCACCCAGAAUAACACAUUAUCCCAGAACACUUCUGCCCCCCCCAAUAACCCCGGAAGCACUUGGAUGAGUUACCCAAACAGCAUCGUCAACUUGCUCCAGAGCGAGGACAUGAUUGUACUCCCGUCCAACAACCACCAGCCCGUCGUGCUGGACGAAUUUGACGAGCUGAUGUCCGCCGACGAGGACCGCCUCAUUUCCAUUUUCAACAGCGAAAGCCAAGCUGGGUUUGUGUCAGGACACCAUGCAUAAAUGUCUUUUAGCAGACGCAUCCACACAGACCACAUGUGCUGCCCCAUGUCGCCUUCAGAGCUAAAAGUCCUUCGCUAAAGACAAAAAGGAAACUAAACUAAAGGUGGAUAUGAAGGGCUGGAGCAGACAGAAUGUAGCAAAAAGUGCUCACUGAGGAAAUGCGUAUUGAAAUACCCAUAAAGACUGUUUGUGGUAUUCGAUUAGUGUGUUUAGCCGGGCUUUAUAUGAUAAAAUAUAAAAACCCUGGGCAGAGCAUAAAGAGAUUUCAUCACCCUUGUUAAACCUUUGUUUAGCAUCAAUUAUUAACUGCUUUAGCCACUGUGUCCACCUGAUGGAAUUCUUAUCCAUUGACAAUGUUGGAUUUAAUAAGACAAUCCACUUCAAAAUGUUUUCCUUUUGAGGUUCUUUAGUGGCACAUGUAAAGCAUAAAAUGUGUAUGUUUGUUUAUUUUUUAUUUUUUCCUUAUAAACACAACAGCCGGUAUAUCUCAGUCACGUUUUAAUCCAGUGUCGAAGCAAAUCUAUGCAAUCAUUUUAUACAUCCCUUUAUAGUUCUUUGUAACUUAAAACUCCUGUAAACUUUUUUUAAAUUUAAAAUGUUGUGCUCUGACAGACAUCACAGAUCGAGAUGGUUGCUUUGCUCAAGUGUCAUUGAACUUUUCCGGCGUCCCAUCAGACUUCACCCAAUCAGGACGCAGUCCUCUCUUAUUGUGAAGCGAUGGUGCGUUCCAGUUGUAGUUGUGGGACGUUGGAAUUUCACCGUUUCUUGUUAGAAGUGUCAACUGGAACGUCCCCUCUAGUUGUAUUUUUCGCCUCAGUGGUAGAAACACGCUACUUUCACUGAUGAUUGCAAUUCUGUCUUAUUUGUUUCACAUCAAGUAAGUUGUUCACAAAGUACUGUUCAUGGACAUGUUGUCAUGCGUUGUCUUCGACUGGAGCUCUGCGUACAUGCUUUUCCUCCGAUCUUCGGAACCGGACUGCUGUCAAUUCGAAGGUGACGUCACUCCCAGUUCCGGCUUUGGAUGUAGAUGGACUAGUCUGCUUGUCGGUGACUAAAUGCGCCACCCCUCACCAAACGUGUUCCAUUAGGUGACACAGGAAGAAGAAAGGGGCAAUGCUAAUGAACAGAUGACAGCCAUUAACAGCAGCUUUCAUAGAAUGACUUUUUCUGAAGGGCAGCAACGACUGUAACACCUGUGUCUUUACCCAGAUGCCUUUGUUGAGACUCUCAACAAUAUGUAGUAAUGUUGUAGAAAACAAAUGAAGGUGUAUCUGUAAAUGAUUAUCAUAAAGGCAACAUUAAUAAGUA